UCGACGCGGCCACAACGCCACCGCAUAACGCAGUUCCUACUCGCAACGGCUGGAAGAUCUUUGACUUUGACGAUAGUCAAUCAGUUCAAUUCUUAAGCUGUUUUUCAGCUCGUCAUUCAUUUUCGGCAAGAGCGUGCUGGCGCAUGUGUGUGUGUGUGUGUGCUGCAAUUUUGUAUAAAAUAAAAUGUUUGAAAUGUGGAUUUGUGUACCGAGCUGCUGACACUUGUUUGCUGAGAACUAGAGUUGUGUCAAGUCGAUCAACUUGACCUUUAGCAGAAAUUCUAUUUAAAGUGCACAACAAAAAUAAAUCGAAAAUCAAGUUCGUUCAAAAUGUCGUCGCCAUAUGUUUAUCAGUUAAUUGGGCUGUUAAGCCUGAGCUGCGUAGUCUUUGGCACCGAGCCGUUAAAUGCGGAACACAAUCACAAGAAACGUCAAAUCUAUCGGGAGCAAGUGCUGCCGCAUGCGGGUGGCAAGAUACCCGAUACGGCCUUUGAAACUGAUCGACUGUUUCUUAACCGUCUGCAAAAGGAGGGUAUCUCUGUGCCGGAUGGAAUUGUGCCCGAGCAACGCAAUCCUCAGGUCUAUCAAUAUUAUGGCAAGCCGAUGCGCACCGUUUAUCAUAUUGCGCUCAGCUCGGAUGGUCGUUAUACGCCGCGAGAAGGUCGCUACCACUAUCGACAGGUGCCCACCGUGGAGACGACAUAUCUGUAUCCGCAGGCAUUGGGUCGUCCGUAUGUGUUGGUGCCGCCAAAGCAUGCAUUGCCCACGUACCGGCAACUGCAGCUGCACAAUCCGUUGCUCAAUCAGGUGAAAUUCCAGCCCAAGAAAAUGCCCAAUUUUCUGGAACUGACGCCUAUAGUAGGCAAGAGUCAUGCCUCCAGUUCAUCAAAGGCGCAAUCUUAUCAAAAUGUGAAUCUCUUGCAUGGCCCAGCGUUGCCGGCCUUUAAGAAAACCUCCGGUGGCAGCAAGACCUAUGUGGACAGCUAUGGCAAAAUUCACCUCUUUAGUGAAUUUAAUGAUUUGCUUGACAAACUCGAUUUGAAUCCAGCCGCAAAGAAGUUGUAUUACUUGCCUCAAGUGGAUGCCGCUUUGGAAAACUGCAUUUCAAUGUCCAAGCAACUAAUGACGAUGAUGCUGCUGUUAGGGCUGUUGAUGUUUGAGGCAACGCUGGCUAUUGAAGUGCAGAAAUUUGGACAUCUGUUCAAUCCACCGCAAGCGGAGCAUCAUGAACGCCGACACGAGGAUAAACAAGAUCUGAACAAAAUACCAGGUGUCGCUGGUGUUGACUAUCCGAUUUACCAUGAAGUGCCACACACACAUUUCAGUUGCCAUGAUGUGCCCGCCGUGCCGGGCAUGUAUGCCAAUGUGGAGACGGGCUGCCAGGCGUAUCAUGUGUGCCACGACGGACGUGAGGGACACCAGGGUGCAUCGUUCCUUUGCACCAACGGAACCAUAUUCAAUCAGAAGGAAUUCGCCUGCGAUUGGUGGUACAAUGUAAAGUGCGAGGAGGCCACCAGCCUGUAUCACUUGAAUGCCGAUCCAGAGCAUAAUCCCUAUGUGCCAAAGAAGAAGCCUGAGCUGGAACACGAAAAUGAGCACAUUCCACAUGGCGACGCUGGUUUUUUGAUCCACGCCUAAAUCAUAUUUCAUUUCAUAU